CCCAUGCACUGGUAGUAAUCAGUCGAGUGACUAUAUCAAGUCACUAAUUUCAAUGAGAGCUGUAUUUGAAAUACUUGUUGUGGAUCUCUUAAUGAAGCACACCGAAUAUGUCGUCCCCAUGAUGGGAUAUUGCAUUGAAGGGGGAUACACAUUGGAGCAGAUUAUUAACAAUGAGGUAUCCUUAAUAGAUAUAUCUGCCACUGUUGUAGUAGAACUUGCUAAACCAUAUGACAAUCCAAACACAUAUCUAGACACAGAUCAUAAAUUAAAAUGGCACGGUGAACAUGUGAGAAUACUAAAUGAGUUUCAAAUAAUUUCAAACCAAUCAGGGAUUCUAACUGCAAAAAUGCCACUUCAUAAUUUAGUGAAUGAACAUUAUUCAACUAGCUCCUCAUUCAGAAGUGUAAUAAAUAAAGCAGUGAGUUGGCAAUUAAGACAUCUGUAUAUCCUAGCAAAUCUCACUGUAAUAGCUGAGAAUAUUCCAGAAGGUCCAAUACUUUUAAAUGAUCUCACUAGUGGAAACUGGGCUCAUACAGAAUCAUUCAAACCUCAAAUAAUUGACGUUGAAGCAUUCCUUUUUAAAGAUCCUGUUUGUGCAGAUACUCAAUCAACAUCAAUUAGAUUUAAGGAACGGCAAAAGUUGAUCAGAGUCAUUGGAUCUAAAACUACUGAUCAAUGCUUGGCUGUAGGCCUCAAAUGUGACAAUAUCACCAGAGUGUGUGAUGGUUUCUACAGCAAUGUAAACCUCUAUAAUGUUGUGCUACCAUAUCUUGAUGCUGUUCUAGAGUUACUUGACAUAGUCACCCCUGGAGGUGAUGUUAAAGGCGAUGCAAGUCAUGGUGUAUAUAGAAAGAUAUGGUCUGCUCUAUCAAGCCUGAAGCUGCAGAUACAAGAUUUCAAAAUAUCACCAAAUCAAACAUAUGCCAUAUUAGGGGACAUAGGGCCAGAGUAAAUAAAUAGAAUGUUAACAAUGUGUCCCUAACAUCCAUUUAACACAGAAAUAUGUGCUUUUUAAGUUACAAAAGAAAAACACAAAAGUGUCACCCUUUAAUAAAAAUGAAUCAAGAAUACCCAAUGCUCACCACUUAAAU